GGUCCCGCCCACUCUGCGUUCACACGCUUACAAUCCGGAAGAAUCAUCCCAGCCUCAGUCACUGCACUAACAGUAACACUAAAUACCACGAGAUCGACAGGCAGUACCCAUAUACUUAUUUGGGAACUAGGAAAAGAACGCUUAGAAGUUUAUCGUUUAAAUUACGGUGUAGUUUUGUAAUAAAUCAACAUGGAUAAAGGCCUGGAGAGCACAGGAGACAGCACUUUGGAUCAGGCUGUCCAACAGUGGCUGCAGUAUGACAAGAAUCCAAAGACAGCUGCAGCUGUGCAGAAGAUGGUUAAGGAUGGAGCCGUGUCAGAGCUGCAGAAGUGUUUCGGUGCCCGUAUGGAGUUUGGCACAGCGGGACUGAGGGCCGCUAUGGGACCCGGGGUCUCGUGCAUGAACGAUCUCACCAUCAUACAGACCACACAGGGUUUCUGUCGUUACCUGGAGCAGUGUUUUACAGAUCUAAAGCAGAAAGGUGUGGUGAUCGGGUUCGAUGCUCGCGCUCACCCACCGAGUGGUGGCAGUAGUAAAAGAUUCGCCUCCCUUGCCGCUUCUGUCUUGAUCAGCCGAGGGGUUCCGGUCUACCUCUUCAGUGACAUCACACCUACUCCAUAUGUGCCUUAUACCGUAUCACAUUUAGGACUUUGUGCUGGCAUCAUGGUAACAGCCUCCCAUAAUCCCAAACAAGACAAUGGAUACAAGGUGUACUGGGCGAAUGGAGCUCAGAUCAUUCCUCCCCAUGAUAAGGGCAUCGCAGCAGCUAUAGAAGAGAAUCUUGAGCCUUGGGCUGAAUCAUGGGAUGCAGAUGGAGCCGUUCAGAGUCCCCUUCGUAAAGACCCAUACAAAGAGAUACACAAAGCAUACUACCAAAGCAUACAACAGCACUGCUUUCACAGAGAGCUGAAUAAGAGUUCAGAGGUGAAGAUCGUCCAUACGUCAGUUCACGGGGUCGGGCAUAUUUUUGUCCAGGCUGCUUUUAAAGCUUUUGACCUUCAGCCUCCAUAUGCUGUGGAGGAGCAGAAAGAUCCAGACCCAGAAUUCCCCACUGUCAAAUACCCCAACCCUGAGGAGGGAGAGGGAGUCCUGACGCUGUCUUUCGCCCUAGCAGAAAAGGAGGGGGCAAAUGUAAUUUUGGCAAAUGACCCUGACGCUGACCGACUGGCCAUAGCAGAGAAACAGAAGAGCGGGAAGUGGAAAGUGUUCUCUGGUAAUGAGUUGGGCGCUCUUCUCGGCUGGUGGAUUUUCCAGUGUUGGAAGGAGCAGAAGGGAGAGGGAAAAGCUUCUGUUAAAGAUGUGUACAUGCUUGCCAGCACAGUCUCCUCCAAAAUCCUCCGUGCCAUUGCUGUUAAAGAGGGCUUUCACUUUGAGGAGACACUAACUGGCUUUAAAUGGAUGGGAAACAGAGCCAGAGAGCUGAUGGAUCAGAAAAAGACAGUCCUGUUUGCCUUUGAAGAAGCCAUCGGUUACAUGUGCUGCCCUGCAGUUUUGGACAAAGAUGGUGUGAGCGCGGCUGCCAUCGCCGGCGAGUUCAUCUCUUACCUGGCUGCAAAAAAUAAAACGCUUUCCCAGCAGCUUACCUCUAUUUAUGAAGAGUACGGUUACCACAUUAGCAAGAAUUCCUACUUCAUCUGUCACGACCAAGAAACCAUUAAACAGCUGUUCGAGCGUCUUCGAAACUACAGCGGGGAGAAUUCAUACCCUAAAGAAUGUGGUGGCUUUGCUGUGACUGCAGUGAGAGACCUCACCACCGGCUAUGACAGCAACCAAUCUGACAACAAGGCUGUUUUACCCACCAGCAAGAGCAGUCAGAUGAUCACCUUCACUUUUGCUAAUGGGGGCGUGGCUACAAUGAGAACCAGCGGCACUGAGCCCAAAAUCAAAUAUUACACUGAGCUGUGUGCUGCACCAGGAAACAGUGAUCUUAACCAGUUGAAGUCCGAAUUGGAUAACCUGGUUGAUGCCAUCGUGGAACACUUCUACCAACCCGAAAAAAAUGGCCUAACUCCUCGACCGGAGUGAUAAGGACUUCCACACAGAUUUACAAAUGCUGAACAUUCCUAUACUGUUCCUAGUCUUAAUAUACAUGAAUAUAUAUACAAAUUUGAAGAAAUAUUUCAUGUACGUUUUCAUUAUUGUUUCUGAAAUUUAGAUCAAAGCUGGUACCCCAUAAACAUUACUAUUGCUUUGAUCACUUAACCCACCGUGGACCAAAUAGUUCUAUUGCAUUUUUUUUUUCAAAUUCUCAAAGUUCUGAACUACAAUAUUUUUGAAAUAAACAAUUGGAGGUUU